AGACCGUGGCCAGGUAUUGAUCAGGUUCAACCGAGAGAGCAGCAGCGCAACACAACAACGACAAUGCUGGACCUGGUUGCUAUGGCAGCUGAUGAUUCUGCACUGGCUGAGGAUCUGCAGGUUGAGGAGGUUCUCCAAUUCUCGACUCACUUGAAGAGUGAGAAUGUCUGUGCAGUUUGCAAACAGGUGAUCCAAUCAUUGGAAGCCUCUUGGAAACCUGACAAUUGUGACCAUGUCAUCUGCAUUGCCUGCUUCUGCCAAUGCACAGAGGCCACCGGGCUGCCUAGGUGUGCAGUGCCUUCUUGUGAAUCUUUGUGCCAGACAAAGGCGCAGCUUGAAAUCAGGGUGCCUCAUGGCACCGUGAUCUCAAUCGAAGACAUGGACAGCCGCAAUGGGAAAAAACCACUCGAUGGCAUGCCCCAAGAGCUGGGGCAAUGCUCACAGUGCGGAUGCAAUGAUAAGCAGUGAGUUCUACUGUUCCAUCUGCAUGGAGACAAUGCACA